CCCACUUAUGUUUUCACAUUUCGAUACAAGAUGCUUUACCAUACAUGUAUACUAAUUUCUCCAAGUGCCUCUCACAUUUUACUCUUUCCUGGGGCUUCUACCACAGACUCUCCAGAUCACUGAGCACACAAUGCUUGGAUGGGUACAGCAUUGUUACAUAACAGCCUCUUCCUUUACUUAUCAGAGCUUGUGAGCUUCUUGCCUCACUGCCCUCAUGCCAUGGUAUGAACUUUGAGGUCUUAGUCUUGUCUGCCUCCCCGUGGACUAAUUUGCUAUGGUCCAUGGCCCCCUUCCUCCGGUCAUCUACAUGGACCCAGGUCCUCCUGGGAGGUUCUCUCUGGCUAUCUGUGCUCUGGGUACUGUUGUACCCUGUGUACUGUUCCCGUGGUCCACCAAAAUGGCGCUUUGCUACCUCUGAAGUUGUGAUUCCCAGGAAGGUUCCCCAGAGAAUGGGUGGAAGCGAUACACCGGACCAGAUCACCUACAGCAUGCGCUUCAGGGGACAGAGACACGUGGUCCACAUGAAACUCAAGAAGAACAUGAUUCCUGAAAACUUUCCUGUGUACACUACUAAUGACCAAGGAGCCGAGCAGGAAGAGCACCCAUUUGUUCCCCGAGACUGUUACUUCUACAGUUACCUGGAAGGGGUCCCUGGGUCCCUAGCUACACUAGACACCUGCAAUGGAGGUCUGAAUGGCAUGCUGCAGGUAGAUGACUUCACUUAUGAAAUCAAACCAUUGGCAUCUUCUUCCAAAUUCGAGCAUGUAAUUUCUCUGCUUGUGGUGGAAAGGUCACAUAAGUCUAAAAAAUGUAGAAAUGAAGAGACUGUGCCAGAGGCAGAUGAAUCCCUUGAAGAGACGAAGCUUGCUGGAAGUCCCAGAGCAGCUCCCGUGUAUUUGUGGCGUGUGCAUGUGAAAGUACUACGAGUGCACUACACAAUGACUUCUUCAUUAACUACAUCGAUCAACAACUUUACUGCCUCACUUGAGAUGGUACUGACUAUAAACAGCAUAGCAGAUAGCAUUUAUAAACUAACCGGGUUGGCUGUCUUUCCAGUUGCUAUAUGUCUUUGGGAUCGCGGAGCAGAUAAAUUAUCAAAUGUGCACAGUCCUGAUAGAAUACCGGAAGUCUUUUUCCAAGUUAAACAACACAUGCAUAAUGAAAUCAAGAUCUCCGUUUCAGUUGUUUUAACAGGACAUAAAAUUGGAGGUUUAGAUUAUGCAGCCCCUAAGAAUGGACUGUGCAAAUCAAAGUGGGGAGUAGCAUAUACACAUGUUGAAAACCGUCAUGCAUUUCUGGCUGCAACUAUUAUGUCUCAUGCGCUAGGUCACAGUAUAGGUUUAGACCAUGAUACAGUGGGCUGUGUUUGUUUCAGAAGAAGCCGUUGUGUCAUGAAUGAAUUUCCUGCUCUUCUGGAUAUGAUGAGCAAUUGUUCCCAAGCUGUGAUACAUGAUAGGAUCCAUGGAUGGGACGAAUGCCUGAGUUUCGAACGUAGUCAGUAUAGCAACUUUAAAUACAUAGUUCCUAGGUGUGGAGAUAAGAAGGUGAAUGAACACGAGGAGUGUGACUGUGGCACCUUUAAAGAGUGUGCCAAUAACAAGUGUUGUAGCACCAAUUGUCAAUUUUCUCAGGGCAGUACUUGCAAUAUAGGAGGUUGCUGUAAGGAUUGUGUAUAUGCUCCCAUUGGACAUGUGUGCAGAGACAAACUUGGUAUUUGUGAUCUGCCAGAAUACUGUGAUGGAACCUCACAGAAUUGCCCAGAAAAUUUUUACAUCCAGGAUGGAACCCCCUGCUCACCACUAGCAGUUUGCAUGUCAGGAAACUGCAGUGAUCGUGAUUUGCAGUGUCAAGCUCUUUUUGGAUACGAAGUAAAGGAUGCUUCGCCAGCAUGUUAUAAACAAUUAAAUCUCAAAGGUGACCGAUUUGGAAACUGUGGGGUGAAGUUACAAAGAGGAGGAAGCCAACCUCUCCCAUGUCAAGACGACGGUAUUUAUUGUGGACUGCUGCAUUGUGAUGGUGUCACUCGUGUUCCUGGUGGAGGUGAGCACACUACAUUUCAUCACAUAAAGGUACAAGAUAUUAAAGAAGAACAGUGCUUUGGGUAUGAUGCACACCAUGGGACAGAAAUUCCAGAAAUGGGGCUUGUAGUGGAUGGUGCAACCUGUGGUCCAGGGAAAUACUGUAAAGCACAAGCCUGUGUUUUUCAUCAACAUUUCAAUUUUAAAUGCAACCUCAGCUUCUGCAAUUACAGAGGGGUCUGUAACAACAAAGGCCAUUGUCACUGUGUGCAAGGUUGGAGACCACCAGACUGUGAACAGAGAGGAACAGGUGGCAGUGCAGACAGUGGUCCUACAAUUUCCACUAAGGAUAUGUUUCGAGCCAAGAUACACGUGAGUGUAAACCGGAUACUAAUUGUUUUAUUCACUCGUAUGGUUCUUAUCUUGGUUUCACUUAUUUUUGGUGCACUUACAAGAGCUGUAAUGAUUGUAGACCUCAGACAGGAACGUCUUAAUGCAAGAAGGAAUUGAUUUCAUUCCAUACUAACUGGAGCCACACAAGAACAACAUCAUGUCGAUCACUACAAGAAAUUGCUAUUGAUUUCCCCUGACAACUGUGCAACCUUUCUAAGUCUGAGAUUUACAUCUUGAAAUAAAAUCACUGGGGAAUUAAA